AUGAAAUAUUCUCCACCUCAAACCUUCAUAAACGAAGACAGUAUCGAUCUCCGAUCUAACCUCGGCAAGAAGGUCAUCAUCCUCGCCGUCCUCGACAUGUUCACCCCCACAUGCUUGCAGAAGCAUCUCCUGGGGUUCGUGGAGAAAGCUGUCGAGUUCAAGGCCAAGAGAAAUGACGACAUCGUGUGCGUUUCCGUGAACAACGCCUUCGUGAUGAAGGCGUGGAAGGCGAAUCUGAAGAUCGGGGAUGAGUUCGAUUUGAGCGACAAGCCGGCGGGCUUGGAGUUUCGAUCGAAGAGGUACACCAUGUAUGUUGAGGAUGUAGUCUUGAAGGUUCUCAAUGCCCUUUGA